AUGGAGGAUCCAUUGUUAGAUAGCAAGCUACCUGACCUGUAUGACUAUCUGGGCAUUCCAAACGAUGCCUCAGACGAGCAGAUCAAGAAGGCAUACAGGCAGUUGGCAAAGAAGUAUCAUCCAGACAAGCCAAAUGGUUCACAUCAAAAGUUUCAAGAAUUGAAUGCAGUAUACGAGAUAUUGUCAGAUCCUCAUAAGAGAGCGACUUAUGAUCACUUCAAGCGCACCGGAGUCAAGCUGCCGACUAUGGCCAACCCAGACGAUCCCAUGGCAGCCGUGUUUCUGAUAGGCGCAUCAAUUGGAACAUUAUACGCCUUUAUUGCACUGUCGGUCAGCAUCAUUUUUGGCAUCCCGCUCACCAUUGCGUUCUUCCCCGGCAUGGCAAUGUUUGCCACGCCCUCUGUUUGCAAACCAGACGCACGUACGUUUGCCUUCACGGUGGGUGGUGCGUUUGGAAUGGUCGCCAUGCCCCUCUACUUUGUGGGCAUUGCCGCCAGCGUUGGCAAGAAACUGAUCGAAGCGCCAUACAACUAUUUGAACGGCGUCAGCGGGCGCACCACAGACAAGACUCCCGGCGCGGCACAGCCCACCGUGUUGGUGUUGGAUGAGAAUGACUUUGAGUUCAUCUCCAAGCAGAAGGCAGAGUACGAGAAGAUCGACGAGAUUGAGCGCAACUGGACCUUCCUGUCGAGUGACUCCUCCGAUCCCAACUGUCUCACACAGCUCAUCAAACGAUCGAUCGACAACAUCACCGAGAUGCUCGGUGUCAUUUUCAGACAUUACAAAGAUCGGCAUCCAUCACUCGAGGCCAGUCUCAUACUCAAGAAGAUUGAAGAGACAGAAGGUAUAUUUAAGGACAUUGAUGCACUCACUGGACUGGAACAAUCACCACCAAAUGUGGAGCUGGAUCAAUCAAACAACAUGUAUCCUGUGUUGGACAAUCAAAAACAACAACAGGGUGCAUCAACAGAGUUCAAAUUGCAAUCAAGUAGAUUGGAGAGAUCACUUAGCAUGUGUAGACAAUAUAUCGAGAACAACAAAGUGAUUGAUCACAAGAGCCAGAUACGACUACUGUCACUCGUCAAGAAUAUUGAGAUCUUUCUGGAAGAGUAUAUAUUCAACAGUUUUGAAUAUUAUCAGAUAUAA